AAACAGAAGAUAGAGGGAGUCUCGGAGCUCGCCAUCUCCGCCGAUCUCUACAUUGGGAAAAAAAACAUGGAGUCAGCUCCGGCAGCCCCCGACCCCGCCGCCAGCGAACCGGGCAGCAGCGGCUCGGAGGCGGCCGCUAGCUCCAGGGAGACCCCGCUGACCCAGGACGCGGGCCGCAAGAGCGAGGCGCCGGGCACUGGUCGCAGGCAGAGCUACGCGAGCUCCAGCCGAGGGAUCUCAGUGACGAAGAAGACACACACAUCUCAAAUUGAAAUUAUUCCAUGCAAGAUCUGUGGAGACAAAUCGUCAGGAAUCCAUUAUGGUGUCAUUACGUGUGAAGGCUGCAAGGGCUUUUUCAGGAGAAGUCAGCAGAGCAAUGCCACCUACUCCUGCCCUCGUCAGAAGAACUGUUUGAUCGAUCGAACCAGCAGAAACCGCUGUCAGCAUUGUCGACUGCAGAAAUGCCUUGCCGUGGGAAUGUCUCGAGAUGCUGUCAAAUUUGGCCGGAUGUCCAAGAAGCAGCGAGACAGCUUAUAUGCCGAGGUACAAAAGCACCGGAUGCAGCAGCAACAACGAGACCACCAGCAGCAGCCUGGGGAGGCUGAGCCGCUGACGCCCACCUACAACAUCUCGGCCAAUGGGCUGACGGAACUGCAUGACGACCUCAGCACCUACAUGGACGGCCACACCCCUGAGGGCAGCAAGGCCGACUCUGCAGUCAGCAGCUUCUACCUGGACAUCCAGCCCUCCCCGGACCAGUCAGGACUGGACAUCAAUGGGAUCAAGCCUGAACCCAUAUGUGACUACACACCAGCAUCUGGCUUCUUCCCCUACUGCUCCUUUACCAACGGAGAGACUUCCCCAACCGUAUCCAUGGCAGAACUAGAACACCUUGCGCAGAACAUAUCCAAAUCCCACUUGGAAACCUGCCAAUACUUGCGGGAAGAACUCCAGCAGAUAACAUGGCAGACCUUCCUGCAGGAGGAGAUUGAGAACUAUCAGAACAAGAGAGAGGUGAUGUGGCAAUUGUGUGCCAUCAAGAUUACAGAAGCUAUCCAGUAUGUGGUGGAGUUUGCCAAACGCAUUGAUGGAUUUAUGGAGCUGUGUCAAAAUGAUCAAAUUGUGCUUCUAAAAGCAGGCUCUCUGGAGGUGGUAUUUAUCAGGAUGUGCCGUGCCUUUGAUUCUCAGAACAACACCGUGUACUUUGAUGGGAAGUACGCCAGCCCUGACGUCUUCAAAUCCUUAGGUUGCGAAGACUUCAUUAGCUUUGUAUUUGAAUUUGGGAAGAGUUUGUGUUCUAUGCACCUGACUGAAGACGAAAUUGCAUUAUUUUCUGCAUUUGUACUGAUGUCAGCAGAUCGCUCCUGGCUGCAGGAAAAGGUAAAAAUUGAAAAACUGCAACAGAAAAUCCAGCUAGCCCUUCAACAUGUCUUACAGAAGAACCACCGAGAAGAUGGAAUUCUGACGAAGCUAAUAUGCAAGGUGUCUACGUUAAGAGCCUUAUGUGGACGACAUACAGAAAAGCUAAUGGCAUUUAAAGCAAUAUACCCAGACAUUGUGCGACUCCAUUUUCCUCCAUUAUACAAGGAAUUGUUCACUUCAGAAUUUGAGCCAGCAAUGCAAAUCGAUGGGUAAAUGUAGUACCCGAGCACUUCUAGAACAUCUGAAGUACAAACAUGAAAAACAAAAAACAAAAAACAAAAAAAAAAAGGAAAUAAAACAAUGACAACGAAGACAAAAUUAACUGAGACACUUUCUAUGGCCCUGCACAGCCCUGGAGCGCCAACACACUGCACAGACAUCUUGUGGUGAUCGGGGUUCAGGCACAGAGGGGAAACAAUGAGAACCAAUAAAAGCUAAACUUGUUUUGCUCAUGCAUAUGAUUUCCACUAUGCCUACAGAUAUGGACCCUUUUCUGUCUCGACUUCUAGAGCGGUCGACCUCUGCAUAUAACAGGAGGAGGGUACUACAGUCAGAGGAGUCCCUUUUCUUAUAGCUCACUGCCCACAGACUCUUACGGGUAACAACAAGAGUCCAGCAGUAAUCGGUGACCCCGGUAUGCAUAGCGGGGGUUGCGGCGUUACUUUGCACAGCUUGCUUUUCUGUGUCAUGAAGGAAGAUUUUGUUUCUCUCACCGAUUAUUGCCGGUCAUCGGGAUGGCGUGAAAAGGGGAUCCAUAGCGCUCGCAACAAUAGCAUUAUAAUAUAUUACACAGGGUAAAUGGGCAUGAAGACUAUAUAUAGCUAAAGAGAUAUUGUUUAUAUAUUGUUUUAAUUAAUAUAAAAUGUAGUGACUGGUGUAGCUUUUCCUGUUGAAUUGAUAAGGCACUUUUCCGUUUUGCACCUUUUGUUUUCUUUAAAUUAAAUGCUAGCGUGUUCACUGUCGCCGUGUCGCAUGUACACCAGAAACACAAGUUUAGCUGAGAAGGUUUGGAAGGUACGUCAGGAGGUAUUUAUGCUGCUGUUUACAAAAAAACAAAA